CAACCGUCCCGAUCUGCACAUCAUUAUUACGGGCCAAUUAUUAACCUUAUUUAAUACAGAUCUACUCUUUCGAGUUGAUAUCCUUCAGUCACCAAUAAUGUCGAAACUAUUCAUCGGUGGCCUUGCAUGGCACACUGAAGAUGCUACGCUCAGACAGAAGUUUGAAGAAUUCGGUCCUAUUGAGGAAGCGGUCGUCGUCAAAGAUCGCGAUACUGGUCGAAGCAGAGGCUUUGGAUUUGUUCGAUAUGUGAACGAGGAAGAUGCACAGAAAGCUAUUGCGGGCAUGAACAACAUCGAAUUUGAUGGACGAUCUAUUCGUGUCGAUAGAGCAUCCGACACUGGUCCUCGAGGCGGUAGCGGACGGGGUGGUGGGUACCCGCCUAGGGGUGGGUACAUGCAGCAACCUCAGAUGCCGUACGCCGCUGGCCAGCCGAUUGCGUACGGGAUACCGAACCAGAUGAUGUACCCACCGGCCUACGGACGCGGAGCAGGUUACCCGCAGCCCGGUUACGGAACACCCCCGCCUCAAGGCUAUGCGCCCUACGGCUAUCCGGACCAACAGCAAGCGGGUCAACAACCCCAACAUCAGCAACCGCCUCAGGGGCAGCCGCCGUACCAGUAGAACUGCUGUGAGCGACACAGGAAGUGUUCUACCCAAACCCCAACACCAACAUUAUGCAGAGUUGGUAUCUACUAGAAAAUUGGCCUAAAAGGCACGCUCGUUAUCGGUGAAAUUGGCGCUUGGAGGUCUGAUGUUCUCGCAACACCCUUGACACUCCUUAUGCACAACACGACCAAAGUGGUACUCCCCAUUUGUCGCCAUUUCAUUAAAUCAUCCUCAACUACAAAGUCUCUAUAUCUGAGAUGGGAGGAUUACAGUGAGACAUACUCACUAAUGUACAUACACUCGUUCGCCAUCUUCUAUUCGAGGCUCUAUGGCCCCUAUGAUUAACGU